AUGUUUCCGGUGCUGCAGAGAGCAGUCUUCGAGGCCCAAAUGGUGCUUCUGAUGAUCGCAGUGCUUUGUAGUACCUACUCAAUGGUUAUGUAUCUGCUGAUCAAGAUCUACGCUGUGACGGCCCUUGGUGUAUAUAAGGAUGUGGCUUACAGGGCGUUCACAGUAGCCACUGGCAGGUACAGGUCCCACGCUUUCUGGGCCCUGAUAGCUUCCAUUAUUACGUUCCUGAUGGCAUUUGCGUUGAACUUGUACAGCAAGGUGAAGGGCAAGCGAGGUCUUCUUUUGUCAGUCUUCACAAUGGUCCUCGUCUACAUGGUCCUUCUGGAAGGGGCGGGUGUGUUGCUGAGUGCAGACAAGCACAUAUUCGGUGCUUAA